GUGUAACUUGACAGCAUACAGGCACAGCCGAACGAGGAGUCUUUCCAUUGUGGCGAGGAGAGAGUUUACCGUUUGUACUGUUAUAUAAUUUCUUACUCGUUGGGUGUCUUGCUGGCAUACCUUUCUGUCGUUGAUUGAUAGCCGUUCAAGCGGGAAUGGCCGAAUCGAGCCCCAGAUAUCAGCAGCUGUCCAAUGAGGAGGACUCAGAAGAGAGUCCACAGGUAGCGGCUGAUGCUCCUCCACCGUACAGCAGCGUCACAGCCGACAAUUCUGCGUUCUUUGACUACAAGGAAGAUGGGGUUUUCCCCAAGCCUCCAUCAUACAAUGUAGCGACUACGCUGCCUUCCUAUGAUGAAGCAGAAAGAACCAAGGCAGAGACUAAUGUUCCCCUGGUACCUGGAAGACAGCAGCCUCAGCACAGGGACCGCCUGGAGACUUUUGACGAUGUAAUUCGCAGUUCACUGGAGGAUGAAGACUUUGUUACCAGAGAUGACUUUGAAGAUGCGGAUCAGCUGAGAAUAGGAAACGACGGCAUCUUCAUGCUCACUUUUUUCAUGGCAUUCCUGUUCAACUGGAUUGGGUUCUUCUUGUCUUUCUGUCUGACCACCUCUGCUGCCGGACGCUACGGGGCCAUCUCAGGCUUUGGCCUGUCCCUCGUCAAAUGGAUCCUCAUAGUCAGAUUCUCCGCAUACUUCUCAAAUUAUUUCGAUGGACAGUACUGGCUGUGGUGGGUGUUCCUGGUGUUGGGCCUCUUGCUCUUUCUCCGAGGAUUCAUCAACUAUGCCAGAAUCCGCAAGAUGGCGGACACUUUCGCCACCCUGCCCCGCACCCGGGUCCUCUUCAUCUACUAAACCCCUUCAUUCUUUUUUUUCUUGUUUCUACAGUGAGACACACUGUUUCGCGUUAUUCAAUCAGAUAGGGAGAAAAUAUAUAUGUUUUUCCUCCCUCGGCCUGACAUGAUUUGGACAAUACCACGUCUGUUGUUCCCUCUUGGUGUAAAUCUUUGACUGCUGAGAAAUCUGUAAAACCCUUCAGCUGUUAGUGGUGAACUGUCAAGUGCUAUUUUACAAAUAUAAGGUGUGUAGUAAAUGUAUAAAUGAUGCCUUAUUUACAAUUUUACCAUCUAUUGGUAUCAGCGGCAUGCAUGGGUCCCUCUUUAACCACCAGGGGGCAGUCUUGUUUUUUUUCUUCUCUUUUUGGUGGGGGAGUGGGGCACAAUUGACUUCUAAUGAAGUCAUUUGUAUAGAUAAAGGUGUUUCUUAUCCCAGGGGUCAGUGGAUAAUUCUGGGGUUAUGGGUUGAUUUGUGUAAUGUAAAAUAAUAUAUUUCAAGUACCAAUUUAAUGCUUUUAACCUUUUUGACCAAUGUGUUUUGCUCUUUGUCAAAUGGUACAGAGUUCAGGUAAUAUAGGGCUGUAAAGGGACAAUUAUUAGCUUUCUGUGGGUUCGAGGCUGAAAAUAUGGAAGAACAUUUGUGUAUAUCCAUAGAAGAUCAGGUGCCAGGUUUACUCCAGAGCAUUUUUCCUCAUGUAUUUAUAAACACUCCAUGUCCUCACUGUAAUUAGGAAUGUUGUUUCCCCAUUUGCUUUAUAUGUAUAUCGGCCCGAUCACCCCUAUGUGCAGGGAUGACCAAGCUUGAGGGAUCACUGCCUCGCUUAAGGACAUGUUGCUAGUCUGUCACUGGAUUUAGAUGUGCAAUUGGACACUUCGGUUCAAAUAAAUGACGCCAACGCCCUGUCUUAGUCACUGGCACCCAGUUGGUGUCCAGUAAGAGAGAGAGAGAGAGAAAAUGUAUUGCCAGAUGUGAUUUUCAAAUUCUACUCUUAGGAAUGAGAAAUAUAUUCAUUAAAAAGAGUUUUUCUUUGAUGUAACAAUGAAAUAAAUUUUUUUUUUCAUUAAU